AUGAGUAAUUCUUCUUCAUCCUGUGUUCUUUGGCUGGAAAAUGUCAAUGUUUCAUUUCCAUUUGUUUUCUACGCUGUUAACUUGCAAGCACAAAAACCUCCUAGGAGGCUGAACUUCUCAGUGAGUUUGAUUUUAGCAGAAGCCUGUAAAGCAUUUAUUGAAGAUAAGGUGUCCUUCUGAAGGAAAAUACCAUUCAGAGAACCUAACUGCACAGAGUACCUCACACAGAACCCCCAUAUCACCUGCGCCCUCGCAGCCAAGGAGGCCGCCCACACCCUCACUUACGUCAUGAUGUUGCACAAAGAGUUUGAGACCUUUGAGCUCUCCUUCAGGGAGCUCUUCGUGCUCCAGAGUGUCUACCAUGUUCAUGGGGAUGAUUCAAGGAGCCAAUUCCCUUACAGCAGGCAGCUCUGCCUUCUCAGUGCCUCCCCUGUUUCCUGGGCAAAGGGAGUGCUCCAGGGCAGCAUCUCCCACCUGUGGACUGACCUCCACUGCUUGGCCUUGGCCAUGCCCUGGUGCUACCUACUCAACACCUGUGGUCAGGACCUCUCCUUGGAGAACAACAGGGAGAUCAUCCAGCUGCUGAAGGGCCUUGGGGGCAAGAGCAUCACACCCAGGGUGCUGCCACCUUCCCACCUGUGCCACCUGCAUGUGCACAGGGAGCAAUUUUACUCUUCCUUCUCUUUCAUGCUGUGGACAUUUAUCUGCAAGACACAGCCACCAGAAAAUCUGGCCAUCUAUUCUGGUACUGGCCUCACCUGGCUCUUUGUGGGGUUCAUGCUGCAGGACCAGCAUGUUCUUCAUCUGCUGGUGUGGCCCAGGGACACCAACAGCCCUGAGGGGCACUCCUGA